CAAAGUGUUGCUCCAAGCUCAAUCAUCGUCGUGACACGUCACACCUCUCUCUCCGCCGCCUCUCUGUUUCUUUUCUUCACCCAUUUGCUUCUUCGCCGUGGUGAGGUAAGAGAGGAGUAGAAGAUGAGUAACACAGCGAAGAGUAAUAGCCCAGCAGUGGAAGAAGAAGAAGAGGAUGAUGAAGGAGACGUUUUCCUCGGUGAAUCCGAUGUUAUCCAUGAGUUCGAUGUCGACGGCGAAGAUCUUCCUGACGCAGAUGAUGAUGACAAUGAUGGUGAUGAAGAGUUUGAUGAAAACGAUGACUCUGCUCACACAUUCACCGGUCAUAAAGGUGAGCUUUAUGCAUUGGCUUGUAGCCCAACGGAUCCAACCCUUGUAGCAACUGGAGGUGGAGAUGACAAAGGCUUUCUCUUCAAGAUUGGUAACGGAGACUGGGCUGCUGAGCUUCCUGGUCACAAGGACUCUGUUUCCUCUUUAGCUUUUAGCUACGAUGGACAGUUACUUGCUUCUGGAGGAUUGGAUGGUGUUGUUCAGAUCUUUGAUGCAUCGUCAGGGGCUUUGAAGUGUGUUUUGGACGGUCCUGGUGGUGGAAUCGAGUGGGUGAAGUGGCAUCCGAGAGGACACAUUGUGUUGGCUGGUUCAGAAGAUUGUUCUAUGUGGAUGUGGAAUGCUGAUAAAGAGGCUUAUCUUAAUAUGUUUGCGGGUCAUAACCAAAGUGUCACUUGCGGUGACUUCACCCCUGAUGGUAAACUAAUUUGUACUGGCUCUGAUGAUGCUAGUUUGAUAGUAUGGAACCCAAAGACUUGUGAGAGCAUUCAUGUGGUUAAAGGCCAUCCCUAUCAUACGGAAGGGCUGAUAUGCUUGGACAUUAACUCUAACUCCACUCUUGUUAUCAGUGGCUCAAAAGACGGUUCUGUUCACAUUGUCAACAUAGUCACCGGAAAGGUGGUGAGCUCUCUGACUUCUCAUACAGAGUCAGUUGAAUGUGUGAAGUUUUCACCUAGCUCAGCAGCCAUCCCUAUGGCUGCAACUGGUGGGAUGGACAAGAAGCUUAUAAUCUGGGAUCUGCAACAUUCAACUCCCAGGUUCAUCUGCGACCACGCGGAAGGUGUGACAUGUGUGACUUGGGUGGGAACCUCCAAGUACUUGGCCACUGGCUGUGCUGAUGGUACGGUGAGUGUUUGGGACAGCUUAUUAGGCAACUGCGUCCAUACCUUCCAUGGCCACCAAGAUGCGGUCCAGGCCAUCUCAGUCUCUGCCAACACCGAGUUCGUUGUUUCGGUCUCUGUUGAUAACACUGCUCGUGUCUACGAGACAUCUGAGUUCCUAAGCAAAACGGCGUAGGCAAGGGAGAGAACAGUUGUUAACAUACAUGUCCAGUUUUAUAUGGUACUUAUUUACCUCUCGUUAUGGGUUCGGAUAAGGGAUGAAAACAUUUUACUUCAAUUAUCUAUGCAAUGCAAUAUCAAUAGUUAUGUUU